CAACUCGCUCGCUCCCUGGACAUGUCAAUCAAGUCGUGACGUCACCGAUCCAUAGCGUUUCCGGUGUUGAUGGGCGGUGCUCCGACGACGUUCCAGGUCUGGGAUUCUUUGCAGCGAGCGAGACAAGGCUGGACACGAUUUCAGCCAUAUUCGGCUUCAGAGAGCACACCGGCUAGUUCAAACUAGCAGAGGGAUUCACCUACGGAGAAAACUGCCACUCCCAAUUUUUGUGGACUCGUUUCCUUAGUUUUAGAACAUUUCUGGACUUAUCCCCGGCAUGCGAGGAGACGGAUGGUGUAGCAAAUGAAGGAAUGGGCGGCCGGCGAACCUGAGAUUCGACGGGGAAAACGGCAUCCCAUUUUCCAACGAUAAGUGGAAAGUACAGAUUUGUCAGGAUUAAAGCAAAUGGAACCGACUGGGCCUCGCAUCUGAGAGAGAGAGUCGAAGCACAGUGGCAACGGCAGCAACCACGGGCCUAAACUAAAUUGAUCAUUAACGGUAGAUAAAUACAAUGUCGGGAGUAUUUUGCUAGCUAGCUAGCUUCGGGCUAGCUAGCAAGUUGGAGUCUGGGACUUCAGUGCUCCACAUCUGCCAAAUUAUUUUUUAUUUUUCGGCUGCGCUGAACGGGUGCAGGGUGAUCCCCUCCACCUCUAGUAAGGGGGACAUUUUCGGGCAAAGGGAGUGGUAGUCCGUGCAAGUUAAUUGUUCGAAAAAUGUCUGCGAAGGUGCGCCUGAAGAAGUUGGAGCAGUUGCUCUUGGAUGGUCACCAAAAGAAUGCAAGUUCUCUCAGCGUCGAAACCCUCCUGGAUAUUUUAAUAUGUUUGUUCAACGAAUGCAGCAAUUCGCCCUUAAAGCGAGAGAAACACGUGUCGGAGUUUCUGGAAUGGGUGAAGCCGUUUACCACCACCGUGAAGGAGAUGCGUCUUCACCGGGACGACUUCGAGAUGCUCAAGGUCAUUGGCCGCGGAGCUUUUGGAGAGGUUGCCGUGGUGAAGAUGAAGAACACGGAGCGGGUCUACGCCAUGAAGAUUCUCAACAAGUGGGAGAUGCUGAAGAGGGCAGAGACGGCGUGUUUCCGUGAGGAGAGGGACGUGCUGGUGAAUGGAGACUGCCAGUGGAUCACCACCCUACACUACGCCUUCCAGGAUGACAACUACCUGUACCUGGUGAUGGACUACUAUGUGGGCGGUGAUCUGUUGACGCUGCUGAGUAAAUUUGAGGACCGGCUGCCGGAGGACAUGGCCAAGUUCUACGUGGCAGAGAUGGUGCUCGCCAUACACUCCAUACACGACCAGCACUAUGUACACAGGGACAUCAAGCCUGAUAACGUGCUGCUGGACAUGAACGGCCAUAUCCGCCUGGCUGACUUCGGCUCCUGUCUCCGGAUGAUGCCAGACGGCACGGUCCAGUCCUCGGUGGCGGUGGGCACUCCUGACUACAUCUCCCCCGAGAUCCUGCAGGCCAUGGAGGAUGGCAUGGGGAAGUACGGGCCCGAGUGCGACUGGUGGUCUCUGGGAGUCUGCAUGUACGAGAUGCUCUACGGGGAGACGCCCUUCUACGCAGAGUCCCUGGUGGAGACCUACGGCAAGAUCAUGAACCACGAGGAGCGUUUCCAGUUCCCGUCGCACAUCACGGACGUGUCCGAGGACGCCAAGGACCUGAUCCAGCGUCUGAUCUGCGGCCGCGAGCGUCGGCUGGGACAGAACGGCAUCGAGGAGUUCAGGCGCCACGCCUUCUUCGCCGGCAUCGACUGGGAGCACAUCCGCAACAUGGAGGCGCCGUACAUCCCCGACGUGACCUCGCCCUCCGACACGUCCAACUUCGACGUGGACGACGACGUCCUCAAAAACCCCGACAUCGCGCCCCCCAUGUCCCACACAGGCUUCACGGGCCAGCACCUGCCCUUCGUGGGCUUCACCUACACCACCGAGAGCUGCUUCUCCGACCGCGGCUCCGUGGGCCUGUCGCCCCUGGGGGGUGGUGGGGACAGUGGGGGCGGGGGACAGCAGGACGGCGAGGUGGAGGCCAUCGAGAGGAGGAUCAGGUGCCUGGAGAAGGAGAACCAGGAGCUGAACCGCAAGCUGCAAGAGUCGGCCCAGGCUGGGGGAUCGGGACGCGGAGCUACCUUGGGCCGCGACAAGGAGAUCAAGAAACUCAACGAGGAAAUAGACCGCCUCAAAAAGAAACUAGCUGACUCGGACCGGCUGGAGCACCAGCUGGAGGAGGCGGUGACCCUGCGGCAGGACUACGAGAGCUCCUCCACCAAGCUCAAGGCCCUGGACAAGCAGGUGAAGGCCCUGCGGCAGGAGAAGGAAGACAUCCACAAGCAACUGCUGGAGUCUCUGGAGCGCCUGAAGUCCCAGACCAAGGAGCUGAAGGAUGCCCAUCAGCAGCGCAAGCUGGCCAUGCAGGAGUUCUCGGAGCUGAACGAGCGCAUGGCCGAGCUGCGCUCCCAGAAGCAGCGGCUCUCGCGCCAGCUCCGGGACAAGGAGGAGGAGAUGGACGUGGUCACGCAGAAGCUGGACGCCAUGCGCCAGGACAUCCGCAAGAGCGACAAGGCCCGCAAGGAGAUGGAGGGUCAGCUGGAGGAUGCCAAGGCGGACGCCUCUAAGGAACGCAAGCUGCGCGAGCACAGCGAGCUCUACUCCAAACAGCUGGAGAGCGAACUGGAGAGCCUAAAGGUGAAGCAGGGCGUGGGUCGUGCGUCGGGCCUGAGCCCGGACGCCCAGCAGCAGGAGCUGUGCAAGCUGCGCUCGGAGCUGGACAAGAAGGCGGUGUUCCACGAGGAGGAGCUGGUGCGGCGCGAGGCCUCGCACGCCAGCGAGAUCAAGAACCUGCGCAAGGAGCUGCACGACUCGGAGGGCCGCGAGCUCUCGCUGCACAAGGAGCUGCUGGUCUACAAGGACAAGCUGGAGAAGACCAAGAGGGAGAGGCAAACGGAGGCUGAUGAGGCGAUGGGAGCCCUGAAGGAGAAGAGUGAGCGCGACCGCAACCUGAUGACUGACGAGAACCGCAAGCUGACCGAGGAGAACGACCGGUUGUGUACGUUUGUGGACAAGCUGACCUCCCAGAACCGUCAGCUGGAGGAUGAGCUGCAGGACCUGGCCUCCAAGAAGGAGAGCGUGGCCCACUGGGAGGCCCAGAUCGCAGAGAUCAUACAGUGGGUGAGUGAUGAGAAGGAUGCUCGCGGCUACCUGCAGGCCCUGGCCUCCAAGAUGACUGAGGAACUGGAGUCCCUACGCAGCUCCAGCCUCGGCUCUCGGCCUCUGGACCCGUUGUGGAAGGUGCGCCGCAGCCAGAAACUGGACAUGUCUGUGCGACUGGAGCUGCAGUCAGCGCUGGACGCAGAGAUCCGUGCCAAACAGCUCGUCCAGGAAGAACUGCGCAAGGUCAAGGCCGGCAACAUCUCCCUGGAGAGCAAACAGAGGGACUUUGAGGCCAAGACCAAGGACAUGGAGGAGCAGCUAGAAAGCCUGAAAAAGGAGCUGGAGGAGAGUCGAUCUCGUUCAGACAAAGGUUUGAAGCUCCCUGACUUCCAAGACUCGAUCUUUGAGUACUUCAACACUUCUCCUUUGGCCCACGACCUCACGUUCAGGACCAGCUCUGUCAGCGAGGUCGACGCCACGCCACAGAAGUCGGACGUCCCUUCCUCCUCCCCCUCGGUGGCCUCGGAGCAGGAAGAGCCCGCAAAGCUACCGGCUGCCACCCCUCCUGCCCAGUCUCCAGGCUAUCAGUCCUCUUCCCUCAUGACCACACCAAAGCCCAAGGCUCACCAGCUGAGCAUCAAGACCUUCUCCAGCCCCACCCAGUGCACACACUGCACCUCUCUGAUGGUGGGCCUGAUCCGACAGGGAUACGCCUGCGAGGUAUGUUCCUUCAUCUGCCAUGUGUCGUGUAAGGACAACGCCCCGCUGGUGUGCCCCAUUCCCCCGGAGCAGGCCAAGAGGCCUCUGGGCAUCGACGUGCAGAGGGGCAUCGGCACGGCCUACAAGGGCUUUGUCAGGAUCCCCAAGCCCACGGGCGUGAAGAAGGGCUGGCAGCGGGCCUACGCGGUGGUGUGCGACUGCAAGCUCUUCCUGUACGAGGUACCCGAGGGCAAGUCCACGCAGCCCGGAGUCGUGGCCAGCCAGGUCCUGGACCUCAGAGAUGAAGAGUUCUCCGUGAGCUCAGUCUUGGCCUCCGACGUGAUCCACGCCACGCGCAAGGACGUCCCCUGCAUAUUCCGGGUGACGUCGUCUCUGCUGAGCUGCCCGGCGGGGGCGCGUGCAGUGUCGCUGCUGGUGCUGGCGGAGAGCGAGGCGGAGAAGCGCAAGUGGGUGGGCAUCCUGGAGGGCCUGCAGAGCAUCCUGGCCAAGAACCGGCUGCGCAACCGCGUGGUGCACCAGCUGCACGAGGCCUACGACAGCAGCCUGCCCGCCAUCAAGAACACACUCUCGGCCGCCGUCGUCGACCGUGAGCGCAUCGCCCUGGGAACAGAGGAAGGCCUGGUGGUGGUGGAGGUCACCAGAGAUGUGAUCGUGCGAGCGGCGGACUGCAAGAAGGUGAUGCAGAUCGAGCUGAUCCCCAAAGAGAAGAUGGUGGCCCUGCUGUGCGGCCGCAACCGCCACGUCCACCUGCACAACUGGGGCACGCUGGAGGGCGCAGAGUCCGCCUUCGACGUCAAGCUGACCGAGACCAAGGGCUGCCAGGCGCUCGUGACGGGCACCCUCCGGCCCGGGGGACCCGCCUGCCUACUGGCCGCUGUCAAAAGACAGGUGCUGUGCUACGAGAUCACGCGCGCCAAGCCGCACCAGCGUAAGCUGUGGGAGGUCCAGGCGCCCGGCGUGGUGCAGUGGCUGGGCAUGGUGCGCGGACGUCUGUGCGUGGGUUACCCGUCGGGCUUUGCGCUGUUGGCGCUGCAAGGGGAGUCAUCGCCGGUGAGCCUGGUGAGCCCCGGCGACCCCUCGCUGGCCUUCCUGGCGCAGCAGCCCCUGGACGCGCUGCACGCCAUGGAGGUGGGCGCCAACGAGCUGCUGCUCUGCUUCGGGCAGCUGGGCGUCUACGUGGAUGGGCAGGGGAGGCGCUCGCGCACCCAGGAGCUCAUGUGGCCCGCUACGCCGCUCGCCUGCAGCUCCAACUCCACCUACCUGACGGUGUACAGUGACUAUGGAGUGGACGUGUUCGACGUGCACACCAUGGAGUGGGUCCAAACCAUCUCACUGAGGAAGAUUCGGCCGUUGAAUGUGGAGGGCAGUCUGAACAUGCUGGGCACUGAACAACCUCGCCUCAUCUACUUCAGCAACAACUCACCAGAGGGCUGUGAGCUGUCCAUCCCUGAGACGUCUGAGAACAGUAAGAAGCUGAUGGUGCGUACGCGCAGCAAGAGGAAGUUCCUCUUCAAGGUGCCAGAGGAGGAACGCCUGCAGCAGAGGAGGGAGAUGCUGAGAGACCCGGAGCUGAGGUCCAAGAUGAUCUCCAACCCCACCAACUUCAACCACGUGGCGCACAUGGGCCCGGGCGACGGCAUGCAGGCACUCAUGGACCUGCCCCUGCAGCCGAGCGAGUCUCCCUCCCCUUCCUCCUCCCGUCACCAUGCUCUGAUCUCUCCUCCGAUCAACUUUGAGCACGUCUACCACAUGAGCUCCACCUCCGCCGGCCUCUACCUGCAGAAGGAGCCCUCCUCGCAGCAGAGUCUGCCGCACCUCUCCUCCUCCUCUUCCUCCUCUCCCUCCACCUCCUCCCUGGGAAGGAGUGUGAUGCCCUCUUCCCAGGAGGAGGCGGGCGGCAGAAUAGAGAGACAGCGGCCCCUCUCCAGCAUCUCCCGCCACCGGCCCGAACAGAGGAGCAAGACUGGCGUCGUCCGCACAGCCUCUGGUGACCGAGGGGCUGAUUUCGGGGGCGCCGGCUCAUCCCGCUACGACCCAGAUGCCGACUUUGAUCGAGAGCCUGACUCAGACUCCACCAAGCACUCCACCCCCUCCAACUCCUCCAACCCCAGCAGCCCCCCGAGCCCCAACUCUCCCCACCGCAGCCAGCUGACCCUCGACGGUCUGGACCACGCCCUGGAUGGCUGAGGAGGGACCACCCCGUGGCCUCAUCCUCCUCCUCCUCACAUUGUUAUUAAACACACACACACACACACACACACACACACACACACACACACACACACACACACACACACACACACACACACACACACACACACACACACACACACACACACACACACACACACACACACACGUUACAUCCACGCAUACUCACAGUCUCACAGUCGGACCUCUGCAGUGCGACUGACGCCCAGGAACUUUCAUAAGUGCCAAGAGCAGUCUCGUCACCCCGCCCGCCCCACAACCAAGACAAAACAAACAGGAGAGAAGAAGAGAAAGAAGAAAAGAAAACCGAUAACGCAUACACACCACACACACACACACACACACACACACACACACACACACACACACACACACACACACACACACACACACACACACACACACACACAACCCCGGCACACCUCACUGCUCAGCCCUGCCUGUUUUCAUGAGUUUUCAUGUUCCCAGCCCUAGCAACCACAUCAACUGCGCUCACAGAGGAAUAAUGUACAGAAAAAAAAUCUCCUGUGUGUGACAUCGAUGAUUAUGUUGAUGAUGAUGAUGAUGAUGAUGAUGUUGAUGAUGAUGGCGAUACUUGCGCCACACCUCUUGGCACAACCUGACCGCAACACAACCAAUAUGGGUAUAUAUGUAAAUGUGAGCUUGUGUGUGAGUACUGAUAUUUUUACUCAAAUGCGAGAUGGCGGUUUUGGCGCCAUCGGCAGGAUAAAAGUUUGAACGUCCUCCAGAAAUGUUGUUUUCUUUGACGGAGCAGGUGGUUAUUUUAGCUAACAGGGUCAAAUAAUUGGUAUUAGACUUUUUAAAAAAAAGAGUGAGAAAAAAAAAAACUCCAUGAGACUUUUUUAAAAGAUAUAUUUAGUUGAGUUGCCAAUGCUUAGUGGAUUAUUAUCAUAAGUGUGGACCUUGUGCUUUGAGAAAUGCAGCAAAGAGAAGAUCGCUCUACUGCUACUACUGCCAGACUCCAGAGCAAACAAAAACAAAAAACAACGCAAGAGAAAACAGGAGACUUUGUUUUUUCUUUUAUUGUUCUGUAACAUUUUUUUCUCCAGCGACUGUGACUCACUCUGGCGUGAGGAAAAAAAGAAAAAAGAAGAAAAAAAAAAAGACUUGAGUCGUUAAGAAAUACGCAGGACAACAAGGCGUUGGGGGGCUUUCACUGAGGAAAAGUUGGUGGCGAAAACCAAGAGGCGAGGAGAGGAGAGACGGUUCCUUCUCAAGCGCUUUGGAGGAACAGUUAUUUCCCAGACACACAUUGGAAAGUGACUCUUUCUUACCGUCUCUGGCUGUUCUGGGAUCAGCUGGAGGAUCUUUCUUCCACAUCUGGAGUGUGCAGAGGAAAUUAGCGACAUGGUCACUAGAUAGGCGAUAGAUGCUGACUGACUGCUGACCAGACUCUGGGAGUCUAUGGCUUUCACCAGACUAUGGAGAUCUUCUGUUUUCCUUUUUUUUUUUAGCCAAACAGGGGGCACUUUUUUAUUGUUUUUUUGUUUCUUAUUUUCCCCUCAAUUAUACAUUUUCAGACAGCCUUCUUCUUAUGGUCAUGUUUUAACCUUUAGCUAAAUUUGGCACAAAAGGCAUAUAUAUCUAUACAUAGUCAGUGAUUCAACCCACCUCAUACGAACAAGAAAAGAGAGGUAGGGGUGCAUUAAAAAAAAGACUUUAUGGGUGAUGCAACCUGUUUGAAAACAUGAGAAUGGCACUGCAUUUAAAGGGCCCACCCCACCCUACACACACACACACACACACCAUCCGACACACUACACACACUACACACACUAUACACACACACACACACACCAAUCAUAGGAUAUUUAAAGAAAAAAAAGCGCUAUUCUCUCCAGCUGCUGCUGCUUAAUUCUGUGUGCUAUGUUAAAAGGCUGGUGCGACUCCCCUUCCCACCCCCAACCCAACAAUGAGCUACAUGGACUUCACAUGCUGUCAGUCUGCCAGUGUAGAUCUGUCUCGGGAUGGGCUCUCUCUCUCUCUCUAUCUCUAUCUCUCUAUAUAUAAAUAUAUAUGAAUAUUAUACUUAACACCCCACCACACGAGCCACUCACCCUUACUUGCGUUGUCUGGUUCACAGAAACACUAUGCUUUUGUUUUUUCGAAUUUAAGAAGAAAAAAAAUGGAUGAGACAUUUUUGACACCUUGUUUUGUUUUUAGUUUUGAGACACACACACACACACAUUAUCGGGUGCCUUCACGGCUUUUCUUUUUCGUGUUACAUAUUUACGGACUGUCCUCCUAAAGCAUUUCAUGUUAAUGUUGGAUGAUGAAUGGCAAUGUUUUCUUUAUUUUAUUUUUUUUCAGUGAUCAUUUCAUACCCUUCCUGUCCCCUUCCCUAACUUUUAAGAAAAAGAAAAAAAACACUGUAUUAAACUUGCACAUGUUUUAGUCCAAGGAAGUGUGUGUGUGUGUGUGUGUGUGUGUGUGUGUGUGUGUGUGUGUGUGUGUGUGUGUGUGUGUGUGUGUGUGUGUGUGUGUGUGUGUGUGUGUGUGUGUGUGUGUGUGUGUGUGUGUGUGUGUGUACACGUACGUACGUACGUACCAUAUAUCCUACUUUGUACCCUGUGUGCGUGUGUGUGUGCGAGAGUGUACCUAAUGCCCUACCCUGUUGUAUCCAACUGUUCCAAUCCAGGUGAACAGGACUGAAUUCCUCAGUACACUACUGCUUUUGUUCCUUUGAAAAGAAAAAAAAUCACAACUUGGAAUCUUUGUAAUUAUGAAUUGUUGGCCUCAUAAAUUUGAACAAACAAUAAAAGAGUAUCUGUUGUGCUUGUGGUGUCUCAA